UUGUUACGCGUCGUUUUGGCUAUGGCGGUGAGAAAAAGGAGCGCUGCGGAGCGCGACCGCGGCGGAGGCGACGGCGAUCGCACGGAAUCCUCGUCGCUCUCGUCGAUCGACGACAUGGCCUUCCCCAAUCUGUCGCGUAAGUACGCGAUCGAGUACCAGAUUGGCGAUGGCGGCCAGGGCAGGGUUUUCCAGGUGAGGCGGCUGAGCGAUGGGCGGCUGUUUGCGUGCAAGAGCGUGAGGGUGGAGGAAUCCCGCGAGCUCGAUCUGGUGCGGCAGGAGGUGUCGAUCAUGAAGCUGAUCCAAGGCAACGGCGGCGUGAGAUUUCGAGGCGGCGGUGGUGGAGGAAAGGGGAUUCCAGGUGGAGGAGGAGGUGGUGGUGCCGUGAGCCUCGUGGAGGGAUUGCACGCUCUGGGGAUUAUCCACAGGGAUCUCAAGCCUCCAAACAUCCUCCUCUCUAGGGACUCCUUUCCAUACGACGUCAAGGUUGCCGACUUUGGGCUCUCGGUGGCGUCCACCGGUGGUAAGCUGGAUCACAUCGUUGGAACAACCAAGUACUUGGCCCCCGAGGUGGUGAGGGACAGUAGAUUCGACCAGGCGGUGGAUAUAUGGGGACUGGGGCUCAUCCUCUACGAGGCGCUGUCCGGGUUGACGGCCUUUGCGGGGCUCGACUCGGAGUUCGUGCUCGAGAGGCUGAGAUGGGUCGACAUGCCGGCUGAUAUGCUCGACUGGUCCGGCGUCGGGCUGGAGGCCAAAGAGCUGAUUCUGGGGAUGCUGUGCCUGGAUCCAAAGAAGCGCUUGACGACGCAGCAGAUUCAAACGCAUCCUUGGGUGCUCAAGCACACGGAGGAAGGUGGCUUUGUUCCCAGGACGAGGAUUGUGAAGCUCAAGCGGCUCAACGGCAAGUGGGUAUCAGAUCGAGGUGGUAGUGCCCAGCAGCAGCAGCAACAGCAACAGCAGCAGCAGCAGCGGCAGCAGCAGGAAAGAAAGAGGAAGAAGAUUGAAGAAGCAACGAGGUCAUACAGGAAGCUGAGACUCAGGUGUGUAAAUGGUGCGUGGCAGGUUGUAAAGCCGUGUCCAGUUGCGGGGUAGAAGCCAUCCACAGAGCUCGAGUCCUACCUCCGAAAGGGAGUAUUGUUGGUGGAAUCGGGUAACUCGACAACUCUUGUUGUAAGUUACUGAUGAACUUGCAGCACAGGGGAGCCCUCGCCGCGCCUCGCCUCGCAUCACGGAUCGGAACACCUUUGACAUGUUUUUUGUGUCGAUCUGUGAGAAAAGCAUGCGGGCGGGCUUCCUCUCCGGGGCUGUGCAGCGAGGAAUGCAACGUUGUUCCUUACAGCAGCAGCGGCGGCAAAGCAAAACAGUGCUGCCGUGUCGCUUCGUGUAAAACGCAAAGCGCGCAAGGUAUUGAAUUGUAUCGUCAUUUGGAAUAUAUGAUGCUGUUUUUAUUUCCUCCGUAUACUUGCAGAUUAUAAGCUAAAGCCACACAUAAAGGGAAUCAAGUGGGGUUUUUCUUUUCCUUUCGUUUUUUCAUAAGUUCUUUGUUUUGCUUGCAGUUCCAGCGAUAUCUGUGUGCUCGUGUAAACAUCUUUCUAAACUAAAUGACACAGUUUCGGGCUCUUUCUACAUUGAAAGGGUGUGGCUGUCAA